CGGCCGUAGAGACUGGGACGGCCUUUAUUCGCAGUCUUCGGUCCCGCCCUGCGAUUCGGGUCUGGCCACGUGGUGGGCGGACCGGGGCGGUCCUGAGCCUGCGACUUCUCAGGACCCUGAGUCCCGGCUCCAGUUCCGGGCGGGCGCUGAGAGGCGAGUGCGGGCCCAAGACCAGCAGAGAGCGAGCUCACCACGAGCAGCGCCAUGGCCAGCAAGGGUCCCGAGGGCGAGCACCCAUCCGUGACGCUCUUCCGCCAGUACCUGCGCAUCCGCACCGUCCACCCCGAGCCCGACUAUGGGGCUGUGGUGGCCUUCCUUGAGGAGAGAGCCCACCAGCUGGGCCUGGGCUGUCAGAAAGUGGAGGUGGCACCUGGCCGUGUGGUGACUGUGCUGACCUGGCCAGGCACCAACCCCAGACUCUCCUCCCUCUUGCUCAAUUCCCACACAGAUGUGGUGCCUGUCUUCAAGGAACAUUGGAGUCACGACCCCUUUGAGGCCUUCAAGGAUGCUGAAGGGUACAUCUAUGCCCGGGGUGCCCAGGACAUGAAGUGUGUCAGCAUCCAGUACCUGGAGGCUGUGAGGAGACUAAAGGUUGAGGGCCACCAUUUCCCCAGAACAAUCCACAUGACCUUUGUGCCAGAUGAGGAGAUUGGAGGUCAUGGAGGCAUGGAACUGUUCGUGCAGCGGCCUGAAUUCCAGGCCCUAAGGGCUGGCUUUGCCCUGGAUGAGGGCUUGGCCAACCCCACUGAUGCCUUCACUGUCUAUUAUAGUGAGCGGAGCAUCUGGUGGGUGCGGGUCACGAGCACUGGGAAGCCAGGCCAUGCCUCACUCUUCACCGAGGACACAGCAGCAGAGAAGCUGCACAAGGUUGUGAGCUCCAUCCUGGCUUUCCGGGAGAAGGAGAGGCAGAGGCUGCAAUCAAACCCCCACCUGAAGCUGGGGGCUGUGACCACCGUGAACCUGACUAAGCUAGAGGGUGGCGUGGCAAUUAAUGUGGUACCUGCCACUCUGAGCGCCAGCUUUGACAUCCGCCUAGCACCGGAUGUGGACCUGAAGGCUUUUGAGGAGCAGCUGCAGAGCUGGUGCCAGGCAGCUGGAGAGGGGGUCACCUUCGAGUUUGUUCAGAAGUUCACGGAGCCCCGAGUGACAUCUACUGAUGACUCAGACCCCUGGUGGGCAGCAUUUAGUGGAGUCUUCAAGGACAUGAACCUCACUCUGGAGCCAGAGAUCUUCCCUGCUGCCACUGACAGCCGCUAUCUCCGCAAGGUGGGGGUCCCAGCUCUGGGCUUCUCACCCAUGAACUGCACACCCAGGCUGCCGCACGAUCAUGAUGAACGGCUGCAUGAGGCUGUGUUCCUCCGUGGGGUUGACAUAUACACACGGCUGCUGCCUGCCCUGGCCAGCGUGCCUGCCCUGCCCAGUGACAGCUGACCCCCAUGUUGCCCAACCUCUACCCCUUGAGCUUCCCCCCUGCCCAACAAUAAAAUCUGUGUGUGGACAGGG